AUGUGUAACACGGCCCGUUGUUUGAUAGCGGCUCGUCACUCGUCACUCGUCACAAUGACUGUUUUGGCCGGUGUGUUCAAACUUCAAGUGCUCGACACAGGUCCGUGCGCUGGCUCGAGGCGCGCUGUUACCACACGUAAACACGACACCCAACAUUAUUAUAUCGAUGUUUUCACUCCGAGGUUCGGAACACGUGAUGGAUGA